CUGCGGAGUUGUCUGACGGCAUUUUCUAUAGUGAUUGUGCAUUGACAAAAUAACAUCAGGAGUUGCAAAAAGUGAAGAAAAACACGAGAUAAUGACCGAGAAAUACUUCGCUGGCAGUUCAGAGCCGAGCAUAUUCGACAACAUCAUAUCUAAACCAGGAAUGCUGCCGAGACUAGAAGAGGAUUCAGCUUUCCUGAAAGUGACCAACAGCGAUCCUCUGACUGUGACUGACCAGAUCAGAGAUAUAUGGCAGCCCGUGGAGCAGGAGCCCGGCAUUCCUCCGCGCCUGACAAUGCCUGGCGUCUUGUCGGUGGAAGACCUCAACAAUCCCAUCAAGGAGACCAUCAGCACUGCUCUGGGGCCGGAAGAGGCGCGUAAAAUCGUGCACUUGACAUGCAACGACGUGACUCAGGACGAGCGCGGGCUGCGCAAGCUGAUCGAGGAGGGCUGCUUCCGGGCGGCGGUGAAUCUCACCAGUCGCCUGCUCACCAUGUACGGCCAGGGAUACGGACGCCUCGGGCAGCCGGCCAAGCACACGCCGCACUCUCUGCAGCUCUGGUUCACGCGCUUCGCGCUGCUGGUGAAGCUGGGCCUUUUCGAGCUGUGCCAGAUGGAGUGCGAGGCCUUCGGUGAGCUCGAUCGAGCAGACAUCUUCUACGAGUUCUACCCAGAGAUGUACAGCCAGCGUCGUGGCUCGAUGGCGAGCUUCAGCUUCCGGCUGUUGCUGGCAGAGCUGCCCAUGUACCAGGGAGCGCCCAUUGUGGCUCUGCAUCGCUUGACAGUACUCCUGAACACCUGCCAGAGAAUCGAGAAGCUCAUGCAGACCACCAAAGUUGAUGACAACUUGAAAUUCUGGCGCAGGAGACGCGUUCGCGUUCAGCAUUCCAUCAUCAACUGCGCCCUGAUUCUGAAGAACUACUCCAUGGCCAAGCACUUCAUCGAGUCGAUCAUCGAGGAGGCGUGCUGGGCCAAGGAAGAGCUCGGCGCGCUCUACUCAGUCGCCGCCAGAGUUUACUUGCAGUGCGGCGACAUUGUGGCGGCGGAAAAGCGUUGGACAAGCAUCAGAAAGUUGGGCGUGACGAGUCAGCUAUUCCAGGUGCAGGAAUGCAUGGACAAAGGACUAAUAUUUGUGGCGCAGAAUGACUUUGAGGAGGCGCUCAAGUGCUUUCAGAAAGCGUCGUCUUUGGAACCGACCAGCAUCCUGAUUUCCAACAACAUCGCCGUUUGCUUGCUGUAUUUGGGCAAGAUGAAGGAGGCAAUUGCAACGUACGAGAAGAUAAAUCUGGCCAACUCUAAGCAGACCAUGAAUGAGAACUUCCUAAUCAAUCUGUGCACGCUGUACGAGCUAGAAUCCAACUUCUCGCGUCCCAAGAAAAUAGUGCAACUGCAGAAGCUCGCCAAUGAGCACAGGGAUCUCUGCAUGAGCAUCGAAGUGUGUCUGAAAUUGAAUUCAAAUAACUAGUUUGUUAGACAAA